UCGACUCCGGAGUACAUCGCCCGAGGGGGAGCUACCACAACUUCGAGCAAGGACUAAAAUGAGCUUCGGGACGAGCUCUUUGGAGCCCUUAUGCUCCGAUCUCCGCGCCCCGCGACCGUAGGAGGAAGCGGAGGAGGCUGCCCAUGGCGAGCUCUGACGAUCGAUCGGCGCUCGCCCAAUCCCUCACCUCGGGCUACUCAGAGUGGAUCGCCGAGGCCCUCGACGAGCUCCCGGAGUGCUUCCUGAUCACCGAUCCCGCGAUCCCCGGCCACCCCAUCGUCUUCGCGAGCCGAGGGUUCCUCGCCAUGGAGCGGUACGCCAUGGACGAGGUCUUCGGCCGCAACGGUCGCAUCUUCCAGGUCUCCGCCAUGGAGCGACGAUCCGUGAUGGAGAUCCGCGAGGCGGUGCGGGAGGAGUGGACGGUCCAGAUCAGCCUCCUCAACUACUGCAGGGACGGGGCCCUGCAUUGGAUCCUGUUCCACAUGUGCCCUGUGUUCGAGGCGGCGGGGAGCGGGCGCGUGGUCCACUUUUUGGCGGCCCAGGUGCCGGUCCCUCCGCGGUCUAGGGCGAGGUCGAGGUCGAGGUGGUGUGGGGGAGCGACGGGGAUGAUGUUGAGAGCGUGUCGGAAUGAGCUGCAAAUGGAUGAGGAUCUCGGGUGUAGUCGUGCAGAGGAGUCGUUUGUCGAUGAGGGUCUGGGGUGUAGUCAUGCAGAGGAGUCGUUUGUCGAAAUGCGUAGCGGAGGAAUUGUGUCAAUUUCCUGAUUAUUAGAGGGGUGGAGGCUGAAGAGCCACCGGUAGCCACUAAUUGUGAGAAAGAGAAAGCGGUGAAUGCCGCGAAUAGCAUCGUAUCCACAUUGAAUCGUUAUAGCAAGAUUACCGGUCGGGUGGUCUGCGGGAAGAGAUGCUGUCCUGUUG